UGUGCCCAAUUAUCUUAACAUUAUUUUAAUUUUUAGUAAAUUUGCCGAAAAAAACAUCUCAAUUAGGAUCAUCAAACACUCAUUUAAUAUCCGAUUUAGAGGGAAACCCACCGUUGUGGAUAACUCAUAAAUCAGAAAAAUACGAUACCGCAAUUUACAUAAAUAACGCAAGAAUUUUAUUGGUACAAUCAAAUAUUCAAGCGAAGAACUCAAGAAAUAUGGAACAGAUUCUCCAUAAAAUCGAUGAAGUUUUAGUUCCGGUUGUAACAAGGACAAUCGGUCAAACUGAUCUUUACAGUCCAAACGCUUGGGAAUUUAUUGAUAACUACGAGUCGUGGAUGAACAUUAAAAACCAUCGGAUACGAUUAUUUAAAGAGCAAAUUUUGUUUCAUAAGAAACAAGAAAUAUUUAAAACGGAAGGUGGACAUACCUUUUUUAUUCCGGUUGAUGAUGGAUUUAAAAAUACGAAAGCCGUUGAUGCUAAAGUUAUCGAUGGACAUGUUAUUCCGAAACAAGUUUUAUUCACAUCGCCAACUGAAAAAGGAGAAAACUUUCAAACUUUAGCUAAUAGCGAUAACAUAAAGGUGCAUGUCGCAUUUUCUGAAGAAACCGAAGGAAAAUCAACAAUGAUUUACAUCAAAAGUCAUACUCUUUACGGCGAUAAAAAAGGAGUUGUUAUAGCAGCGAUAAAACAAGCAAAUAUUCCAGUGCGAAAUGGAGUUGUUCAUUUAAUCCAUAAACCUUUAAUGGUAGUCGAUCAAACUGUGAAACAGUUUUUAGAGUUAAACAAGGAAAAAGAAGAUGGUCCAUUAAGUAAAUUCUGCCAAGAAAUCUUCCAUUCGGAAGUGUUAGGGAAAGAGUUCAUGAACGUAAUCGAACGUUCGAAACAAAUAACGUUAUUCGCGCCGACAAACGCCGCUUGGGAUGAAAGCAAUCUUCAAAAUCUUCUUAAGGAAGGAUCUAAAAUUAAAGAUGUCUUAACGAUGCAUCUAAUUCCCGACGAGGCCGUUUACAUCGAUCGAAUCGCCAAUAAAGAAGUCGUUCAAAAGGGCACUUAUAACAGCAAGAAGAACUUAUUCUUUUCCGUUAAUCAAAAUAAUCAUAAUCGUACGUUUAUGGUUGAAGGCGGUGGUGUUAUGGCCAAUAUCGUCCAACCAGACAUCGCGGCCAGUAACGGUGUUAUUCAUGUUAUCGAUAGGGUUUUAGGGUUCCCUUACACCACGAUUUUUGAUAAAUUAAAAUACGACUCUACUUUAAACGAUACUUAUGUGUUGGGUGCAAGAACUCGAGUUAACGAAUUAUUAAAUGAUACUUCAAGAAAAUUUACUUAUUUCGUUCCAAGUGCUAAAGCUUGGAAUCAAGCUCGAUUAGAUUUACCAUCGGCGAUAAAAAAAGUUUUUAUGCACGAAUAUAUUUAUCAGGCCGAACAAAUUUUAGAACGCCAUUUAGUCGUUGAUGAAGAAUCUUAUACGAUGCAAAAAUUAAAAUUGAUGGGAAAUCAAACGAAAGGGGUCGAUUUAAAAACGAUUCGAGAUAACAUCACAAUUUCAGUUGAAGAACAAAACAAUAACAGUUUUAUAAUUCAUUGGCAAGGAAAGAAGAUCCAAGUUUUUCGACCAAAUAUUGAAUGUACGAAUGGAAUAAUUCACGUAAUUGAUUAUCCAUUCAUUGAUAAAGGGGAUAUUGUUGUUUCUAGUAUAUCCCCCCUUUCAAUAACACCACACCUUUUAACCCUAAUAGUAGCGAAGUAUUUGCUACUCUAAUAAAAUAAUGAAAGGGUAAAACUUAAAAUUUUCUGUCAUUCCCGCUCUGCGACGAGAGCUUUUUAGUCAAUUUUCCCUUACAUCCUUUCAAAAGGUUUAGAAAAAGACAAUAUUUUUUAAUCCCCUUAAAAAGAAAAAGACUAGAAAAAUUUUAAAUUCGCUAUACUUUUUAAUGUUGUGUUAAAAGGGGAGUUAUUGCGAAAUAAUCAAACGUUUCGAUUAAAAUAAUUAAAAAAAAAACUUGACUGACUGUUAGUAUCUUUUAGAAUUUAUCCCUUUUCCUCCAAAAAGAAGAAAGCUAUUUAUCAAAAUAUAUUACGGAAGAGAGAAAAAAAUAAAAAGAAAAAUAUAAUUUGUUCAUAUCUAAAAAAAUGCUAAUAUAUUUAUGGUGUAUUUAUUCUAAUUCUAAAGCGAAAUAACAAUACGAGUCUAUUGCGUGGUGUUUUUUGUAAAUAUAGGAAUUUAAAAAGGAUAAAAUUGCUUUUGACCUUUCAUUCUUCGAGCACUGACUGCUUCUAAAUUAAGAAAUAACUUAUCUAUUAAUUAUAAUUAAAGUGCUCUGUAGGUAUACAAUAAAUUGGAAUAAUAAUAAAUAUAGUAUUAUACCAAAGAAUUUAAUAUUUAUAAGAAUGCACUGUUAAUAUAAAAAUUUAAAUUUAGUGUUUAAGGCUUCGGAAAAAUACUGGAUGUUUCUUAAAAAAAUAUAAUAAAACAUUACCAUUAAAUGAAUUAAAACAUUAAAAAAUAAUAAUACAUGUUCUUGAAGGCUUAUUAUUACCCAUAAAAAUUAAUGUCAAAAAUCCGGUUCGAUUAGGAUAAGUUUAGAUUAUAAGUAUGUGUGUAAAAAAA